AUGGCGCUGCGUGCGGCCGUGUUCGACCUGGUCGGGGUCCUGACUCUGCCCUCGGUCACCAGUUUCUGGGAUCGCGCCGAAGAGGAGCUGGCGCUGCCCAGAGGCUUUCUGAGUAAAGCUUUCCUGAAAGGAGGCCCGGAUGGUUCCAGCACCCGUGUGAUGAGGGGAGAGAUCACAUUUUCCCAGUGGGUGCCACUCAUGGAAGAAGACUGCAGGAAAUGCUCCGAGGACUCUGGAAUCUGCCUCCCAGAGAAUUUCUCUAUGAAGCAAAUCUUUGAGAAGGUGCUUUCAGCAAGAAAGAUCAACUACCCCAUGCUUCAGGCAGCUGUCACUCUCAAAAAGAAGGGAUUUACAACCUGCAUCCUCACCAACAACUGGCUGGAUGACAGCGCUGAGAGAGGCAGCCUGGCCCAGAUGUUGUGUGAGCUCAAGCCACACUUUGAUUUCCUGAUUGAGUCAUGCCAGGUUGGAAUGGUCAAGCCUGACCCUCAGAUCUACAAGUUUGUGCUGGACACCUUGAAGACCAGCCCCAGUGAGGUGGUUUUCUUAGAUAACUUCGAAACUAAUCUGAAGCCAGCCCAUGAGAUGGGGACGGUCACCAUUCUCGUCCACGACACUGACACGGCCCUGAAGGAGCUGGAGAAAGUAGCUGGGGUGCAGCUUCUCCAGACUGCAGCCCCCCUGCCCAUCUCAUGUGAUCCAAGCACCAUGACCCAUGGAUACGUGCCCAUAAAGCCUGGGGUGCGUCUGCAUUUUGUGGAGCUGGGCUCCGGCCCUGUCGUGUGCCUCUGCCAUGGAUUUCCUGAGAGUUGGUUCUCUUGGAGGUACCAGAUCCCUGCUCUGGCCCAGGCGGGCUUCCGGGUCCUCGCUGUGGACAUGAAAGGCUACGGAGAGUCCUCUGCUCCUCCUGAAAUAGAAGAAUAUUCCUUGGAAGUGUUAAGCAAGGAUAUGAUCACCUUCCUGGAUAAGUUGGGCAUCUCUCAGGCUGUGUUCAUUGGCCAUGACUGGGGCGGCAUGCUGGUGUGGUCCAUCGCUCUCUUCCACCCUGAGAGAGUGAGGGCAGUGGCCAGUUUGAAUACUCCCUUCAUGCCGUCAAAUCCCAAAGUGUCCUCCAUGGAGAUCAUCAAGGCCAACCCUGCCUUCAAUUACCAGCUCUACUUUCAGGAACCGGGAGUGGCUGAAGCUGAACUGGAAAAGAACCUGAAUCGGACUUUCAAAAUUUUCUUCAGAUCAAACGAUGAGAAUGUUGUCACCGUAAGCAGAGUCUGUGAAAUGGGAGGCAUCCUUGUGAACGCCCCAGAGGAGCCCACCCUCAGCAGGAUGGUCACUGAGGAGGACAUCCAGUUCUACGUGCAGGAGUUCAAGAAGUCUGGUUUCAGGGGGCCUCUGAACUGGUACCGAAACAUGGACAGGAACUGGGAGUGGGGCUGCAAAGGCUUGGGAAGGAAGAUCCUGAUUCCGGCCCUGAUGGUCACCGCGGAGAAGGACUUUGUGCUCACUCCUGAUAUGUCCAAGCAUAUGGAGGACUGGAUUCCCCACCUGAAAAGGGGACACAUAAAGGAUUGUGGACACUGGACACAGAUGGAGAAGCCCGCCGAGUUGAAUCGGAUCCUCAUUGAGUGGCUGGAGACUGACGCCUGGGACCCGCUGGUGGUCUCAAAGCUUUAG